AUGUGCAAGGCUGGCUUCGCCGGCGACGACGCGCCGCGCGCGGUCUUCCCCUCCAUCAUCGGCCGGCGCAUGAUCGGAGGGGCCGGCGCCGAGCUAGUGUACGUCGGGGACGAGGCGCAGUCGAGGCGAGGCAUCCUGACGCUCAAGUACCCGAUCGAGCGCGGCAUCGUCACCAACUGGGACAACAUGGAGAAGAUCUGGCACCACACCUUUUACAAUGAGCUGCGCGUGGCACCCGAGGAGCACCCGGUCCUGCUGACCGAGGCGCCGCUCAACCCCAAGGCGAACCGCGAGAAGAUGGCCCAGUUCAUGUUUGAGACCUUCAACGUGCCCGCCAUGUACGUCGCCAUCCCGGCCGUCCUCUCGCUGUACGCGUCGGGCCGCACCACGGGCAUCGUGAUGGACUCGGGCGACGGUGUCUCGCACACCGUGCCUGUCUACGAGCAGAACGUGCUAGCCCACGCCAUCCUGCGGCUCGACCUCGCCGGCCGAGACCUGACCGACUGGAUGGUCACGCUGCUAACCGAGGUUACCGCUCGCUACUCCUUCUUUACCCCUGCAGAGCGCGAGAUUGCGCGCGACAUCAAGGAGAAGCUGGCAUACGUGGCGCUCGACUUUGACGCCGAGAUGCAGACCGCCGCCUCGUCCUCGGCGCUCGAGAACUCGUACGAGCUACCCGACGGCCAGCUCAUCACGCUCAGUGACCAACGCUUCCGCUGCUGCGAGGCGCUCUUCCAGCCUUCCCUCCUGGGGAUGGCGCGGUCGGCGGGUGUGCACCAGAUGGUUCACGACUCGAUCACCAAGUGCGGCGACGAUCUCCGCAAGGAGUUCUACGCCAACGUCGUCCUCUCGGGCGGCUCGACCAUGUUCGCCGGCUUUGCGGACCGGAUGUCCAAGGAGAUCACCGCACUCGCGCCCGCGUCGAUGAAGGUCAGGAUCAUCGCGCCGCCGGAGCGCAAGUAUUCGGUCUGGAUCGGCGGGGCAAUCCUGGCCUCGCUCUACACCUUCCAGCAGUCGUGGAUGUCGAGGCAGGAGUACGACGAGUCGGGCCCGUCCAUCGUGCACCGCAAGUGCUUUUAA